AUGUUUCAGUUGGGGUUCAAUAUGUUUCAUGAAAUCGCACGAAAUUUUAACGUGACCUAUCGUUGCUACUCAGUUUCUAUGUUACCUGGAAAUGAAAGGCAAGAUGUUGAAAGGGGAGGAAAAAUUAUUAUGCCACCAUCAGCUUUGGAGCUGCUAACUCGUCUUAACAUCGAAUACCCAAUGAUAUUCAAAUUGACGAAUAAGAAGACGAAAAGAAUUACACAUUGUGGUGUUUUGGAGUUUGUUGCUGAUGAGGGAAAGGUGUAUUUGCCACAUUGGAUGAUGGCUAAUUUAGUACUAGAAGAAGGUACCCUGGUGCAAGUAGAGAGUGUCUCAUUACCAGUUGCUACAUUCUCCAAGUUUCAACCACUUUCAGAAGACUUUCUUGACAUAUCCAAUCAGAAAGCAGUGUUGGAAAACUGUUUACGUAACUUCUCCUGUCUCACUACAGGGGAUGUCAUAGCUAUAAAGUAUAAUUCUAAAGUGUAUGAACUAUGUGUGUUGGAGACUAAACCUGGGAAUGCAGUCAUUAUUAUUGAAUGCGACAUGAAUGUUGAAUUUGCUCCACCGGUUGGGUAUAAAGAAGAAGAUCAUAUAACAAAAGGUGAAGGUAGCUCAGAUAUGGGUGGUAUGGAUGAAGAUCCAGCUUCUAUGAUGCCGGAGCCGAGCGGUUUUGUGGCAUUCAGAGGUGAAGGUAACAGGCUUGAUGGUAAGAAGAAAAAGCUUACCAGCGAAAGCGAAUCCGAACCACAGGCAUCCAAUUCCAGACAGCCAUAUGUUCGUGGAAUACCGGAUUACGACUUCGUUAUUGGUACACUCAGAUUUAUCAGAAAUUCAAGGCCUCCGAGCGCUAAAGAAGAAGUACAAACAGAACCAUUCCAAGCCUUUAAAGGGGAGGGUUUCACACUGCGUACUGCCAAGUCGAAGAACUGA